AGCGACGCGGAUCGGGCGCUUCCUGCCAAGACGGUUGUUCACCAAUGCAGCAGCAAGAGCUCUUAAUUUGGCGGCUGUGCGGAAAACAUGGCGGAAAAUUUGAAAGAAUGCGGUGUUCCAUGCAAGCUGUCCCGGGACGAUCUGCAGGACCUUUGCCGCCGGAGAAGGAUUCACUGCAGAGACCUGCAAGUCAACAAACACAACUUCAACGACUAUGAGGUGGAAUACUUGUGCGAUGUCAAGCGGGACAAGGAGGACGAGGAGCUGUACCUGGUCAAGUGGAAGGGCUUCCCCGAGGCCGACAACACCUGGGAGCCGCGCAAGAACCUCAAGUGCCUCAAGCUGGUGAAGGAGUUCCGCCAGGACCUGGUGGCCGAGCUCCGCCGACAGCGCCGCCGCCACAAGAACCCGGUGCCCAAGCGGCUGGGCAAGGAGCUGACCUCGGCGCUGGUCCAGCGGGCCAAGCAGCGGAUCAGCCUGCGACGCUGGGAGGACCACCUCAACAAGACCCGGAGCCACCCGGGCCGCAUCCUGGUGCUGAACGAGGUGGACCUGGAGGGCCCGCCGCGCGACUUCACCUACAUCAACAACUACCAGGUGGGCCGCGGCAUCGAGCUCAACGAGAUGGCGCUGGGCUGCGAGUGCGAGGACUGCGGGCGCGAGCCGCUCAACGGCUGCUGCCCCGGCGCCUCCCUGCACCGCACGGCGUACAACAAGCUGGGGCAGGUGCGGCUGCGCGCCGGCCAGCCCAUCUACGAGUGCAACACGCGCUGCCGCUGCGGCGCCGACUGCCCCAACCGCGUGGUGCAGCGGGGCAUCCAGUUCGACAUGUGCAUCUUCAAGACGCCCAACGGCCGCGGCUGGGGCGUGCGCACGCUGCAGCGCAUCAAGAAGAACACCUUCGUCAUGGAGUACGUGGGAGAGAUCAUCACGACGGACGAGGCGGAGAAGCGGGGGCACCUGUACGACCGGCAGGGCUCCACGUACCUGUUCGACCUGGACUACGUAGAAGACGUCUACACGGUGGACGCCGCCCACCAGGGGAACAUCUCGCACUUUGUCAACCACAGUUGCAACCCCAACCUGCAGGUGUACAACGUGUUCAUCGAGAACAUCGACGAGCGCCUACCCCGGAUCGCACUGUUCUCCACCCGGGCCAUCCCCGCCGGAGAGGAGCUCACCUUCGACUACAAGAUGCAAAUUGAUCCAGUGGACACGGAGAGCACCCGCAUGGACUCCAGCUUCAGCCUGGCCCCCCUCUCCAGCAUCCCCUCCUCCCCCAAGAAGCGCCUGCGGGUCGAAUGCCGCUGCGGUUCGGACUCUUGUCGGAAGUAUUUGUUCUGAGGCUCUUUGGCUUCGGAGGAAGACGGAGUAUGAAUUUGUAAAGUAUAUAUUAUUUUCCAUCGAACAUUUUGAGGAAAAUAAUUCUGUACAACUUUGUAGAAUAUUUUUUUUGUAUUGCCCUGUUGAUUCAAUAUACAUGUAAAGCCAUUUAAUUCACAAAUAAGUAAUGAUUUCCGUUAUAUACUCAGUUCUGAGCCAGAGACACAUAGAUUUUCUUUUAGGUUCAUUUUACAAUUUUAUUUUUCGUCAGAUUUUUCAGUUUCACUUGAAAAUCUGGAAAUUGUUGCCUGUAUGAAUUGAAUGUGAAUAUUUGAGUGUUUGCUAUUGAGCAUGCUUUCUUUUUUUUACUUUGCUUUGUUUACUGGUGAAUCUCCAAAUCCUUCAGCCCUGUGUAGCAUUGAUGAUUAAACAUAAAGGUCUUAGCUUAAAAUCCGAGCCUUUUCCUAGUCGUUUGCACAACUUGUUCUUGACCUAAAGAACAAGGUUUUGUGCAAGGUUUUCUAACCUAUCAAACAUUAAUAUUCAGCAGGAGAAUAUGAAUUAGCUAGCCAAUGUUUUGGUGAUAUUCUCACAAAACACUAUGUGAAUGCUGAAAAGAAACUGGAAUUUUAAAAUAAGGUAUUUUGAUGCCUUGAUGAUGGUGCCAGACCGCUUGGGUCUUGUAUUCCCCCGUUCAAAGGUCCAAACAGGGAUGGAAAUGUAUCGUCUUGGAUGGUACAACCAUGAUGCAAAAAAAUACUGCUUUUGAAAUAUCUGAAUUUAAACCCUUUUUUUAUUGAUAGCAAUUUUAUUAUUUUAUAUUAAGUACAUUGGUUACAUUUUCGUCUUCCGAAGCACUAUUCAUUUUUUACCAACGUAAAAAGUAUAUCUUAAGACUCCAUGGGCUGCUUUUGGCAUUUAUUUCAGGUACACGGAUGUAUUUAUUUUGCCCUGUAUAGUUCCUUUUCAAUCUGCACCAGGUAGGUUAUUUUACUUUCAGCCUAAUUAUAAUUAAGCAAUGUAGUUAUUGUAUGAAUUAAUUUGUGUCUCCUUUUUCUUUUUAAGCGAAAGAAAAAUGUAAAUAAAUUGCUUCAAAGUAUGUUUUGUCUUUACAUUCAUUUUUACCUACAGUUAUUUGUGAAAUUCCUUCAAAAAGUCACUUGAAGGAAACGGCAAUGCCAAAGCUUCUAUAUAAAGCAUAAAACAGGAGCAGUAAUAUAAGUUAAAAUAAAAAAAACAUGGCUUUAUAACUUUUUCACAACUGGUAACAAUUCUUUGUUAUACCUACAAAUCAACUUUUGUAAAUUAUGUGUUGAAUUUAUCAAUGGUCCGUUUUUUUAAUUGAUAGUUUUACCACAGCUUAUGAUAAGAACCACCUUUUUGGCCACAACCUAGAAAGCCGGGAACAGAAUUGUAUUCAGACGGAUCUUAGGGCUUAUCAAUUGCGUUAUUAGAUGUAAUAACAUGUGUUUCGUGAUGUAUCGAUGAUCAAUUAUGUAUUCCGAUAUAUUUAGUAAUUAUUCAAUCACUCAUCAUUUUUGGAACUCUUUCCACUAAGCUAAAUCAAUGCUUUGACUUGGGAUAGCAUCCUUAAAGGCACCAUUAUAUAAGCAAUAUUUAUUUGUUAAAACAAGUGUUGAAUAGCUCUUUAUUCCGACUGCCGUCGUUGAUAAAGAGGGUUAGUAGCAUGGGUCUUCCACUCCCUCCGCUCUGCAGUGAACAGAACAAAUGUCCUUGUAUCCCGUUCCCACUUUAUCCAAAUCCAGAGAGAGACCUCCUCAAAGGGGGCUGUCCUCUCACUGAAGCAGGAUUUCAGUGUUGAUGGACAACGGACAAGCUUCCGAUUCCAGCGUGAGGGGGUUGUAGGGAGGGGAGUGCUAACCGCAAUAAUGGAUAGGAAUCCUGCCAAGGUGACGACAUCUCUUGCAGCGCCUUCAAGGCACUCGGAAUGUAAUGUUUUCCCUGAAUUACAUCAGUGUACGAUGCAGAAGUCCGUUGGAGGUCUUCUGUCUUCCCAUUAGGUCUGAGCUGUCGGCAGCUGGGGGAAGCAGGGAUGAAUGGAGGCUGUAUGUCUCUAAGGUAGGAUUCCUGUUCCAUAGUCGGGCUACUUUUGGUAGCACCUUGUCCCCCAGGGGGAUCUGGUCCAGGGUGUAGGGAGUGGUCUCGAUCUCUCUCUGACUUCCCUCGACUUCCGUCAUGGACAACAUGCAGGAUGAGCAGAUGUCUGUCGUUGCCGUGUGUCCUGCAGCUGGUCUUCAGGUCACACUGCAGCUCCUUGUGUGCGGCCAUAUCCCCAGCACCGGGCGUUGUCCCUCAGCC